AUGUGUAGCUGGAUGUUGCUCCAGUGUGUUGUUGAGUGUGAAGUUGUACUUUCCCUGAGUACUGACUUUCUUCUGGAAAACCAUGACGCAGGUCUUGUCCAGACUGACUCUCUCUGUGCUCGAUCUCUCGUGACUGUGGCUCUGUGCUCUGUGCCAGUGGCCAGCGCCCCUGGUGGAGAUGAUGACAAGAUUAUCGGGGGGUACGAGUGUCGCCCCCACUCCCAGCCCUGGCAGGUCUACCUCACCUACGACAACGGGCAGCGCUGGUGUGGGGGGUCCCUGAUCAACGAGUGGUGGGUGGUGUCAGCUGCACACUGCUACAUACCACCGCCGCGCCUGGAGGUGCACCUGGGCGAGCACCACCUGUUCCGGGACGAGGGCUCCGAGCAGCACAUUCCAGCAGCCAAGGUCAUCCGACACCCCGGCUACAACGAGCGCACCACCGACAACGACUUCAUGCUGAUCAAACUGCGGCAGGCGGCACGCCUCAACCAGUACGUCCAGCCCAUCGCCCUGGCGACCAGCUGCGUCACCGCGGGGACCCCGUGCCUCGUCUCCGGGUGGGGCAACCAGCUGACCAAUGACGUGAACUACGCCUCGGUGCUGCAGUGCCUGAACCUGCCGGUCCUCAGCGAUGGCCAGUGCAGGAGCUCCUAUGGCAGUCAGAUCACCCCUGCGGCUCCAGUGGAGGAUGACAAGAUCAUCGGAGGAUAUGAGUGCCGGCCACACUCCCAGCCCUGGCAGGCCUCUCUGAAUGCGGGGUACCACUUCUGUGGGGGCUCCCUCAUCAAUGACCAGUGGGUGAUCUCUGCUGCCCACUGCUGGCUCAAACUCCCGGCAUUCCGGAAGGCGGAGAUCUGCGUCAGUGAGAACACAGGCAGGAAAGAGCCGGGCUGCCACAGAAUCAAACACUGUAACUGGACCCCAGUGACCCGGCCCAGUCCAGAGCAGCCCUGA